GUAUAGCCAAGAUUCGUGGGGUAUCAGCUUUGGCUUCAAAGCCGAGGGCAACAAGAAAGGAAAAAGGAAAGGCUACCAUAAGGGAGCAAGACCCCAAGCCUCUGGAGUCCCAGCCUAGGAUGAGGAAGAAGGCUUCUUAUGAGUCUAUUAUUGAGGGUAAGAUCUAUGAGCGUAUGGUGGAUCAUAGGAGCCUACGGAAGGGUGUGCCAAUUAGACGGAUUGUGCAGUUGGGACUCAAUUUUUCCUUUAAGAAUGUAGAGGGGUAUAUUUUGACUUUAUGCCAUCAGUUUUAUAAUGGAUUGAGGGAGUUUGAUUUGGAUCUUAAGAUCUUGAGGACAAUGGUGAGGGGCCAGAUCAUACAGGUGACAUCGGACAUUAUAGCAGAGUAUUUGGCAUAUGAGAGGCCAUAG